AUGUCUCCGCAAGCUCAGCGCCAACUUUGCCAGGAGCACGACACUCCCCCACCAGCCUCGGACAAUCAUGCUCGCCCUCGUUACCCGCAGUCGCCAGUGCCACUCCCCGCAAUAUACGUCAAGGCAAUCGAGCGCUGGAAUGCAGAGAAGAGCUUUCAAAACCGCGUGGCCUCGACCUCCAAGGAGACCGAGGUGAAAUUUUCCUCUCCUUCCGCUGCCACCGUUCUCGGCACCGGCAAGACUACUGGCUCUGGAAUUGCAAAGAAUAGGAAGAAGAUGAAGGAUAAGAAAAAGAAGGCCAAGACGUCCAAGGAGCCCAAGAACACCGAAGAGUCUGAGGAAUCGCGAGAGGUUUCCAAGACCGUGAUAAAGCUCGAGGGCCCACAGAACAUCGACAAGUGGCAUGCGUCUCUCAUGGCCGCCCUAGGUCCUCUCCAUCACUUUGUGACCCAGCAGUUCGAGGAGCUCGUGAGGCCUCGGGCAGAGGAUGAGGCAGCUUGUCGCCAGUGGGAUGCCGACAAGGAAUCCGCCGGGAAAACCCUCAAGUCGUCGCUCAAGAAAGUGAAGAAUCUCCUGAAAGACAGGCUGCACAAAUCUUUACGAGACCAGAAGGAUCCCUACAAGUUUUACAGUGCCGUCCUGCGGGUCAUGCAAGCCGAGGCGGACCGCAGCAGCUUCACGUCGGCGCUGGUCAGGCGGGUCUGCGACCUGAAGGUCACCGACUUCGACAGCCUCGGCGCCUAUCAAGGCCACAUGCAGGACCUCCGCUGCAAGCUGACGCUGCUGGACGCCUACCCCGGCGACCGCUUCAUGGUUCUCGCCGCCGUCAACGGUCUGGGCACCGACGGCCUGACGGAGGGUAUGCUACAGGUGGCCAUUGCGCCGCCGAAUAACAGCGAGGGGGUCAAAGACCUUUCUGUCAUGGGCACCAUUCACGAGUAG